AUAAAUAAAAUCUUAAAAAAAAAAGAAAAGAAAAGAAAAGAAAAAGGAAGCAGAACAUUUGGCAACAUGUUUUUAUGGUCCAACACUGGGAUGUUCUGGGGCCAGACUGUUGUGGUGGGAAAUAAGCCACAUGAUUCAAGAGUCACCAUUCCAAGUCCCCCUCGGUCCUCUCAUGGCCCAGUGGUCAUAGGAUAUGGUUCCCCGCCACCAUGGUGUCCCCAGAGGGGAGGCAUCUGUCCCCAACCCUUCGUGCUUUUUAUAUAAGUGAAAUACGGGGCGAGGCACACAUCAGGUAACAGCGCUUUCUGGGACUAAUCUGGUUGCCUGUGGAUGCACUGAUCUCCCUUUAUUUAUGAUUAUUUAUUUAUUUAUUUAUUUAAAGCAGGCUCUGCCCCCAACUUGGGGAUCAAGAUCGUGACCCUGAGAUCAGGAGUUGCAUGCUUCAGCGACUGAACCCAGCCAGGCACCCCCUAAACUCCCUUUACUUUUCCCAAACCUCCUCUGAGAUUGGGGAGGCUGCCCUCCUCCAAGCCCCUUCCAGCUCUGCCCCUACACUCAUGGUCGGGGUUGGCUUCCCACUGGCGGGGGUGCCGGGGACACCCGCGCUGCACUUGGAAAGCCAUUUCCCGGCAUGCGGUCAUCUUGUGGGCUGGAGACGCCACCAUCGCGCUCGGUUUAAUGAUCAAUUAAUUGCCUGCCAGGAAGCCCUUUCUGACCUGGCUCGGCCCUCAGUUCCUCCUGCUCAGAGCCGGUGCUUGCCACAGGAUGGUGGCAGACAACUCCACCGGCGACCCCCACGCUCCCGGGCCGCAGCUGAGCGUGACCGACAUCAUCGUCAUCACCUUGUAUUUCGCCCUGAACGUGGCUGUGGGCAUAUGGUCCUCAUGCCGGGCCAGCAGGAACACGGUGAGAGGCUACUUCCUGGCGGGCCGGGACAUGACCUGGUGGCCGAUUGGAGCCUCUCUCUUCGCCAGCAGCGAGGGCUCAGGCCUCUUUAUCGGACUGGCGGGCUCGGGGGCGGCCGGAGGCCUGGCUGUGGCGGGCUUCGAGUGGAAUGCCACGUAUGUGCUGCUGGCUCUGGCGUGGGUAUUUGUGCCCAUCUACAUCUCCUCGGAGAUUGUCACCAUGCCGGAAUACAUUCAGAAGCGCUACGGAGGCCAGCGGAUUCGCAUGUACCUGUCUGUCCUGUCCCUGAUGCUCUCCGUCUUCACCAAGAUAUCGAUUGACCUGUAUGCAGGGGCGCUCUUUGUGCACAUCUGUCUGGGCUGGAAUUUCUACCUCUCCACCAUCCUCAUGCUUGCCAUCACGGCCCUGUACACCAUCGCAGGAGGUCUGGCUGCUGUGAUCUACACAGAUGCCCUGCAAACACUCAUCAUGGUGGUGGGGGCUAUCAUCCUGACUGUCAAAGCUUUUGACCAGAUCGGCGGGUAUGAGCAGCUGGAGGCAGCCUACGCCCAGGCCAUCCCAUCCCGGACCAUCGCCAACACCACCUGCCACCUGCCACGGGCAGACGCCAUGCACAUGUUCCGAGACCCCUACACGGGGGACCUCCCAUGGACGGGAAUGACCUUUGGUCUGACCAUCAUGGCCACCUGGUACUGGUGCACAGAUCAGGUCAUCGUGCAGCGGUCGCUGUCCGCCCGGGACCUGAACCAUGCCAAGGCCGGCUCCAUCCUGGCCAGCUACCUCAAGAUGCUGCCCAUGGGCCUGAUGGUCAUGCCAGGCAUGAUCAGCCGCGCACUGUUCCCAGAUGACGUGGGCUGCGUGGUGCCGUCCGAGUGCCUGCGGGCCUGCGGGGCCGAGAUUGGCUGCUCCAACAUCGCCUACCCCAAGCUGGUCAUGGAGCUGAUGCCCAUAGGUCUGCGGGGGCUGAUGAUCGCAGUGAUGAUGGCCGCGCUCAUGUCGUCGCUGACGUCCAUCUUCAACAGUAGCAGCACGCUCUUCACCAUGGACAUCUGGAGGCGGCUGAGACCCCGGGCUGGCGAGCGGGAGCUGUUGCUGGUGGGCCGGUUGGUCAUCGUGGUGCUCAUCGGCGUGAGUGUGGCCUGGAUCCCCGUCCUGCAGGACUCCAACAGUGGACAGCUGUUCAUCUACAUGCAGUCGGUGACCAGCUCCCUGGCCCCCCCGGUGACCGCUCUCUUUGUUCUGGGCAUCUUCUGGCCACGUGCCAACGAGCAGGGGGCCUUCUGGGGCCUCAUGGUGGGGCUGGCAGUGGGCACCACAAGGCUGGUCCUGGAAUUCCUGCACCCUGCGCCCCCCUGCGGAGACCCGGACACGCGGCCGGCCAUCCUUGGCAGCAUCCACUACCUGCACUUUGCCGUCGCACUCUUUUUGAUCAGUGGAGUCGUGGUGGUGGCCGGGAGCCUGCUGACGCCACCCCCCCACAGGGCUCAGAUUGAGAACCUUACCUGGUGGACCCUGGCUCGGGAUGUACUCAAGGGAGCCAAAACAGGCGAUGGCCGAGUACCCCAGAAGCACGCCUUCUGGGCCCGCGUAUGUGGCUUCAAUGCCAUCCUGCUCAUCUGUGUAAAUAUCUUCUUCUACGCCUACUUUGCCUGAUGCUCCCCUGUGGACAGGAAGCCCAAGCCCUUUGAGUCCUCAGGUCCCCCUCGCUUUUGCUAACAAGGACACCGAGGCCCGGAGAGGUGUGGUCUCCCCUCACGACUCCAUGGCCGGUCAGCAUCCAGGGACUGGCUGAGCCAGCAAAGCAGGAGCCCCGGAAAAGUUGGGGCGCAACGAACAAAAAAUGUGAUAUUUCAAGAAUCGCGCAAAGUAGUCCUAACGGCAAUGAAAAUUAGAUCUGUGAUGAAUAGCCUGA